GUGGGAUUCACGUGCGAAACAACCCAAAACUGCAAACCCCUGAAUUCCAUCUGCGACCCUGCAACCAAAAAGUGCCUCUGUCCUCCGGAGUUCGGCGUCGAAUCUGCCGACCGAAAAAAGUGCCUAAAACCUCUGAAUUCGACCGAAGAAACUUGCGAAGACAUCAAACAAUGUCUUGGCGUGAUGGACGACACUGUUUGCAAAAAUGGAAGCUGCGUUUGUGGAGAUAAAUUUAAUUUUUACAACGGAUCCUGUAUCGCGAAAUCGAAGAUAAAUUUGGGUUGUUUCAACGAAGGCAACUGUAAGCAUAUCUUGUACUCCGAAUGUGUGGAUCGGUUGUGCAGAUGUCACGAUGGAUAUUUGGCCAAAUUGGACGGAUCGGUAUGUUUGCCGAUUGCUGAUAAACUCGGCGACAUCUGCACGGAGCACUCGCAGUGCGAAUUCAAUAUGGGAAAGGGCUCUCAGUGCGAGGACAAAUUGUGCGACUGCAAAGAGGACUUUGUCGCCAACGAGAAUAAGACCUAUUGCGAUGUCAUUCCAUAUGUUGGAAAAGAAUGUCUAAACGAUGACCAUUGCAACGUUCCACCAAUGACUCGAGCACCAGAAACAAUGGACUGUCACUCUGGAAUGUGCAGAUGCAAACCAGAUCAUUAUCAGAAGGAUUUAAAAUGUUUCAAAAAUGGUGCUAUCAAGAGUUCCCAUAAUUUACAUCUGUUUGUCGGAGCAAUUUUAUACCAUGUAGUUACUUGGUAACUGAUAGUUGAAUGAAGAUAUAUUUGGGUAAAAAAUAAAUGUUUAGUUUAAUAUCACAGUAAUAUAUUUUAAUGAGAGUUCAAGUUCUUGUUUUUCAAACCAUUAGCAUUUGAUGCUCAAUAAGCAAGUUUUAUUUACUUUAUAAUUAAAGACCCGGAGCUAUGGCGCCGGGUCAAUACACCACAUGUUCUUGUUCUUACAAAACGUUUAUUAAAUAUCAUAAAUAUAUUUUUUUUUACUUAAUUUAUUUUGAUGUCACUAAAGUUUGUUUGGUAACAUUUCGGAUAAUUCAGCUUGUGUUUUCUGAUCAACAUCGAUCAGUUUCACUUUUAAGUCUGUUCCAUUUCUAAAAUUCAAAU